AUGGCUUCCCACAAAGAGGUUUGUAUGGCAAAGUGGACUGAGCCUUUGACCAAUGAGCUUGUAAGCUUGUUGGUAAUAGAGGUAACAAAGGGAAAUGGCAUCACUUAUACCUUCUACAAAACAGGAUGGAAUAACAUACAUGCCGAAUUCAAUAAACGGACGAGACUCCACUUUAGUAUAAUUCAGUUGAAGAACAUGGUCAACAAACUGAAGAAACAGUAUAGCAGUUUCAAGAAACUUUUAUUGCAAUCUGGAUUUGGAUGGGAUAAUAUAAACAAUAAGGUUGCUGUGGAUGAUCAAAGUGUGUGGGAGUCUCACAUCAAGAAUAAUAGCAAAUGGGCUCAAUUCAGAAAUGAUGGGUUUCCUCAGUAUCCUGAUUUAUGUAUCGUGUUUGGUGAUACAUAUGCUACUGGAGACUAUGCAGCAGGAAAUGCAGAAGAAGUGGUAGAAUAUGCUAAAGAAGUGGUAUUGUCCUCUGAGAGAGAUGACAAUGGUGGUGACAAUGGUGACGGUGGUAGUGGUUAUGCAAUAAGUGAUCCAGAGGAAUGUGAUGAACAACAUAUUGAUGAGGAGGUCUUCAUACCUGAUACGACUACUACCUCAAAUCUUAAGAAAUACAAGCAGGAUAGGACUCCAAAUUCUAAGAUGAGGAGGAAGAGUAACAGAUAUGAUGUUAGUGACACCUACAAAGUCAUUCAAGAAAUGAUUAAAAUCAGGACUGCUCAAUCAAUAAGUGGCUCUGUGAUCUCAGAUGCCCCAUCAAUUGUAGAUCCCUACUCCACAGCAGCCAUGAUUGCCGUCUUAAAUAGUAUGCUUGAUUUAUAG